UUUACCUGUUUUUACUUUUUUCUUUUCUUUUCUUUCUUUUUUUUUUACAAGAAUGGCUGACACACUCUGCAAUGCCUCUGCCAGAGGAAACUUGAGCCAAGUGUUGUUUUUGCUGCAAAAUGGAACAGAUGUUAAUGGCUUUAACAAAUACAACAGGACUGCACUGCAGGUCGUGAUGUUGGGGAACGACGCCUUAGUCAAGGCUCUUCUGGAGGCGGGGGCAGACCCCAACAUACGAGACCCGGUCCACAAUCUCACCGUGACGCACGACGCCGCGCGUGAAGGAUUCGUUGAUUCUGUUCGCGCGCUGGUGGACCACGGGGCAGAUAUUAAUCUCGUGGACGAGAAAGGUAACCUGCCGCUGCACCUGGCCGCCAGGGAGGGUCACCUCGAGGUGGUCCAGCUGCUGAUCGGACUCACCGCGGACCCUCGAGCCACAAACGGCCUGGGACACACCGCGGCGCAGCUCGCGCACAUCCACAAAAGAGAGGAUGCUGCCAAAUACAUCAACGAUUAUUUGAGCUCACACUAAAGGAGGAUGAAGAUGAGAUGCUUCUGCCUUUAUGCUUGUAUGGUUGCUGAUACUUUUAACAUUUGAUUCUGUGUUUCUCAAAUCCUUCUUUUUUAUAUCCCUGUAAACUAACUCAACUCCCAGAAAGUAAACAAUAUAUUUAGGCCUACACAUUUAUUUAUGUCUGCAUGUGACAUUUGGACAGAAACAGCAUUCCAGGUAGGAGAAAAAAAAAUCUUAUUCGGAAUACCAAAAUAAAAAAGUUGAAUAAUAUUGAUUAAUAUAUGGUUCAUAAUAAUGUUUUUUUGUAAUAGUUUUUAUAUUUUUUUCAUUAUUUGAGAGCUACCUUGAUUCUCACAGAGCCUCGUAAAGCUGCAACUCAUCAGUAAAUCAAUCAAUAAAAUUCAGACAAGGUAAAGAGUGCGGAGGAGGCAUGAACUGUGUGCAAACCAACCUCAUAAUUUUUCCAUUUAUCUAUAAUGUUCAAAGAACACUAUCACUAACUGUGAAUGACAAAAUAAUGCAUUACAUUCAUGUCAACUAUCUAAUACAGUCCAGAACAACAGUGCAAUGAGUCCGAGUUAUUCAGAGGUAUCUCUUUAUUUUGGUUACCUCGUUGAAAAACAUACAAGGACAAAAUGUGAACAACACCCCUCUCCCCUCUCUCUCUGUCUUCCUCUGCUGGUAGAUUAAUGUGAAUGCAAAAAGUGA